AUGACUUCGUUGCUGAAUGUUUUCGGUCAAAUUUGGCAUAGCUACAAUAACAGCGAAAAAGUUCUCGAUGCUGAAAUUUUCACUUACUUAGACGAUAAAAGUGGCGUAUAUCAUUUCAAUCAGUUCUGGAGAAGGGACCUUCUUUAUGACAUUUUUGUUGAUGUGCUGAAGAAUUCCAUUGCAGCCAAGAUUCCUUACUUAAUAGGAGAUAUGGAGGAGAGCUUCAUUAACCCCUUCGUUGAAGGAGUGGUCCAAAAGCAUGAUCUCUUAAAUAUGACGAUGGUGGAGGAGACUAGGUCUACUGUCAAAAGGCAUAUUCAAGACCUGAUUUCCUCAUUUGCUAUGGAGCAUUUCACAAACAAACGUCUAUCAAAUUCUAGCCUUGGUGAUGAGCUGUAUGAAAAAACUAUUGACUUGCUUAAUCAGGCUCAAGCAUGGUUCACUAAAUUGGAUACCAGAGAACUUUACCAACCUGAACUGAUUACGAGAAUUCUGCAAAGCAUCGAAUCUCACGCGCAAAAGUUCAUCGACUCAAUUAAAAAUCUUCUGCCAACUGCCCUAUUCAAACCUAGAGAAGGUACAUAUCAUCCCGAUGAAAUAGAAUGGUUGAAAAUGUCAAUCAAUUCAGCUAUUACCCGAACUGCUAAUGAAUUUGUGAUUGGAUUCAAUAAACUGUUUCAUAAAAUCCCCGAUUUGCAAAUACCACCUGAGAUAGUGAAAAAAAUUGGUUACGAAUUCCAAAAACCCGAAUUAAAUGUUAAAAAAAUUGUGAGGAGCAGAAAUUUAGAAGCGUAUGCUUUGAAAGGCAACUGGCGUGAAGUCACCGUCAAUGCUUCCCUCUACCUUCCUCCAUUGGCUUUAAAAUUAACAACACCAAUUACAACUGAGUACUUGGGUAUUCCUAUAGCUGAUGUCUCGGAGGAUAGAAUUUGGAACUUCCUUCAACCUAUCUGCAGAUUGGCCGCCACAAAUCGCGAGGGAUUACGAACAACUCACCAGUUAGUCUUCUUGGAACUGAUUUUUGCUUCCCAAAAGCGCUACAUUCAAUGA